GGUUCUGUUUGCAAAGUGAUUAUACCAGAGUAGGCGAUGGAAGCGAGGUAUUUACGCCUCCCCGCCACGCCACUUUCUCUCUCUAAAAUCACUCACCCUCUCCGUUUCAAGUGAAUUAUUAUUUCUUCCUUCAUUUUCUUCAGCUUUCUCGAUAUUUUGUCGACUCUGGAAAUUAUAGCUUUUAUCUGAAUUGAAUGGCUGCGAUUUUUCAAGGAAUCGGAGCUUCGACAGCUCUCUCAUCCACCAAUUCGUUCGAUUCCAAGAGAUUUCGCUUCAUAUCUCGCAGAUUGUCCUCAGGAAGUAAAGAUAGUUUUUUUGUGGUUACAUCUGUUGGGAGGAUUAACCUUUGUUUGAAUUCAAGAGGUCGCAGAGCUGAACAGUUGAUUACCAAUGCAGUUGCAACAAAAACAGAUAGUUCGGGAGCUUCAAUAGCAUCUAAACCCGGGCAUGAACUUUUACUUUUUGAAGCACUUCGUGAAGGCCUGGAAGAAGAAAUGGACAGAGAUCCCCAUGUGUGUGUAAUAGGUGAAGAUGUGGGUCACUAUGGAGGCUCAUACAAGGUGACAAAAGGCCUGGCUGUGAAGUAUGGUGACCUCAGGGUUCUUGACACCCCUAUUGCUGAGAACUCUUUCACUGGCAUGGCCGUUGGUGCUGCCAUGACUGGCCUGCGGCCAAUUGUUGAGGGAAUGAACAUGGGGUUUCUCCUCCUAGCUUACAACCAGAUUUCCAACAAUUGUGGCAUGCUCCACUACACGUCCGGUGGCCAAUUCACCAUACCAGUGGUUAUUCGAGGACCUGGUGGAGUCGGCAGGCAGCUUGGGGCUGAGCAUUCACAGCGCCUCGAGUCAUAUUUCCAAUCAAUCCCAGGUAUCCAAAUGGUGGCAUGCUCGACCCCUUAUAACGCCAAGGGUUUGAUGAAAGCUGCCAUCCGAAGUGAGAACCCAGUGAUACUCUUUGAGCACGUCUUGCUCUACAACCUCAAGGAAAGGAUACCAGAUGAAGAGUAUGUUCUAAGUCUCGAGGAAGCAGAGAUGGUUAGGCCUGGGGAACAUGUCACUAUUCUAACCUAUUCCAGAAUGAGGUAUCAUGUGAUGCAGGCUGCCAAGACACUGGUGAACAAGGGGUAUGAUCCUGAAGUCAUUGAUAUCAGGUCGCUGAAACCAUUUGAUCUUCACACCAUCGGGAAUUCAGUGAAAAAGACACAUCGUGUGCUGAUCGUGGAGGAGUGCAUGCGGACAGGUGGAAUUGGUGCGAGCUUGACAGCAGCUAUUAAUGAGAAUUUCCAUGAUUAUUUGGAUGCCCCAAUUGUAUGUUUAUCAUCACAGGAUGUGCCUACGCCAUAUGCUGGGACAUUGGAAGAAUGGACUGUGGUUCAACCUGCCCAGGUUGUGACGGCUGUUGAGCAGCUCUGCCGGUAGUAGCAGCAUUUGAAGCAGUUGCGACAAAGUUGCAGUUCUAGUAGUGUUGUCAUCUUCCUAUGUAUGCUAGUUUUAUAAUUUGCAGCUUCACUUUGAAUUUUUAGUUAUUUUAAAUUUUUAUUAGGGAUUUUAUGUUUGCUAAAAACUUGCAGUUAGUUUAUUCUUUUUCUUCACUUGCA